AUGGAUGUCAGAAGAGUCAUUGCGGAAGGGCUGCAGAUGAGGCCGCCGCGUCUCCCUGUCUGGUUCCGGUAUGAUAUGCAUGGUUCCCUCUACAAUGACAAGUGCCUUAAGAACCAACACUACUACUUCUACCGGUCCGAGGUCGCCGUGCUCUCGAGUAACAUCCAGGAAAUCGUCGACACAGUGACCACCCCUGUCAUACUGGUAGAAAUGGGCAGCGGCAACUCUGAGAAGACGCGAAGCGUGAUUGACGUCUUGUUAAAGAAACAGACGACACUCACUUACGUCCCCAUUGAUAUUUCAGCUGAUUUCCUGCGCGAGACGUCCGAAUCGCUGUCACGUGACUACGCAGGGUGCCUCGAUGUGAAACCCGUCCCCGGAGACUACAAUGUAGGCAUCGAUAAAAUACGGACCAUUCCAGGCAGGAAGUUGAUCAUCUGGAUGGGAGGCGGGUUCCAGAACCAAGCGUACCAAACUCAGAUCACCAGACUGCAGAGUCUAGCGCAGUUCAUGACAGGUGACGAUCGUCUGCUAGUCGCUGUUGACGUCACACAGGAACCGAAAGUUGUUGAAAGAGCGUACCGGGACCCAGACGCUGGACUCGGCCUAUCCCUUACAUUUGAUGCAGACGACAAGUUGCGCCUCCACGAGGGCGAGUACGUCAGCUGCAAGUACACAGAGGCCCAAUUGCGCCACAUAGCCAAACGCGGCGGUCUCUCGCUGAGUCGGAUAUGGACUGACGCCGAUAAACACGUCGCGCUAUGUUGCUUCUCAAAAGGUGCCGGAAAGCAGACGUCAUGAAAAUCAAACCGCUCGCAACCAUCUAGGUUUCCUUGCUCCGAACAGUGACCACUACCAGCCCAAUAUUGAUGGAUCGCGCGCUUAGAACGUCUUCCGUGUUUGUAAAAUCUUCAAAUUUAUUAAAUUAAUUGCAAUGUCGUCGGAUAUAUAUUCAUCACAUGCAGUCAAGUAAAAAUAAUGGAAUAUAACUUAUUAAAACAGGAAACCAUUUUAUUCGAUUAUCAGCACGUUAAGUUCCGACUUGUGAAUGAUCGGAACCAGUCAAUUUUGCGCAUAGGUUGCCUGCACACAUUUGUACACAAAAAUGGUUUCGUGAGAGUUUUCAGCAAAAUGAAUGAAUAGACGUGCUUUUUGUAAUAGUAACCUUAUCAUGUUAAAGUGCUGAUUUUAGUUUGUCGCAUUUUUGCUCAAUGAUUUUAUUAGAAUAAGUGAUGUGUUGUGAAUGCUAGUUA